UGUAAAAAAGGUGUCAAUCAGCCUCCUGAGUUAUGGAUGAGAGGUUGCAGAGGCUGCAGAAUUCUGCUGCAGAAGGAGAUGUUGAUACAUUCUUUUCAAUACUUGCGGAGGAUCCAUUUGUUUUGGAGCGUAUUGAUGGGAUGCCCUGGGCGAGUACUCCCUUACACACAGCUGUAAGCGGGGAAAAGAUCCAUUUCGCCAAGGAAAUUGUAAACUUACAGCCAUCAUUUGCUUCGAAGCGUGAUCAUCUCGAACGUAGUCCCCUUCAUUUGGCUUUGGAGAAGGGGCACGGGGAACUGGUAACAUGGUUGAUAACAUCUGACAGUGAUCUCGUCCGUGUCAAAGGAAAGGGGAUGCUCACUCCUUUGCACUACGCAGCUCAAAUUGAUGAUGAAAAAAAUUUGGCCGAUUUUUUGUAUGUUUGUCCAUCAUCCAUCAAAGAUUUGACAGCUAAAAGUGAAACUGCUGUCCAUGUAGCCCUCAAAAGCAGAAGUUUUAAGGCUUUUAAAGUCUUGCUAGGAUGGCUUCGACACUUCGAUCAAGAAGAGAUCCUAAGGUGGGAGGACGAAGAAGGAAACAAUGCUUUGUAUACUGCAAUAUCUGAAAAUCAACCUGAGAUGGUGAAGCUGUUGAUUAGAUAUCUGGAUGUAAAUAGAAAAAACAGUAAAGGUUGGACAGCUUUGGACAUUUUUCACGAUCGCCGAGAUUCGCUGAAUGCAGAAGUUGAGAGAAUUCUACUUUGUGCUAAAGCUAAAAGAGCAUCCCAACACCCCGAUCCUCGGCUUAACUAUAGAGAAAAAUUUGAAACUAAUAUCACUGCCAUGUUCUUCGGUUAUCACAGCUCACUGGUCGACUACUUACGCGAGAAAUUACCAAUUGUGGAAAAAAUAAUGAAAAAUAUGAUGGUUGGUGACCGAAUCAUAAAUAGAGUUCCUCUUAAAGUCCAAAACGUGGUACUUGUGGUGGCUAUAUUGACCGCGACGGCCACCUAUCAAGCUGCACUCGUCCCCCCAGGAGGAUUCUGGCAAGAUGAUGAUCAAGGCAAGGCUCCAAGGAACAACAACAACAAUAAUAAUUUUUUAGGUUCCUACUCAAAGUUUACUAUGAAAGAGCGAUCACAACAUCUUGCAGGUCACAUGGUUCUGGGGUCUAUUUAUCGUUUAGAUUUCUUGCACUGUAAUACCGUGGCUUUUGCUACGUCUGUGUGCACCAUUCUUAUUGUCACAAUUGGGCUCCGGUUUUCCAAAAUCGUUGCCCUAUCCACAACUUUGAUGGUGAUUGCAUAUUGCAUAGCCCUGACAGAAACCGCUCCCUUCCAGAUUGGUUCAGUUUCGUGGUACUUGUUUUACCCAUUCAUGUUUAUAGUUGGGUUUGUAGCAUAUGUCAUUCCUUUGUUUUUAUUUAUCCGAGAGAAGCUGCUUAAAUUUUACGGGCGGGAGCAAGUAAGUAUGGGAAGCUUGGAGCAACCAAAGAUGUGAAUUGUUUGGAGUAUGUGAGGCUACUUUAACAUUUAAUUCUUCAGCUGUAAUAUUCAUGGUGAUUGGUGAACUUUAUCUUCUUUGUUUUAAUGGAUUUGAGGCUUGUAUAAUUAUACUGAGAUGGUGAGGACAGAUAGAACAGAAGUAU